CCCGCUGCCCGUACACGAUGGUGAGCUCCUUACACAAGAUUAUCAUCCAGAUUAUACCUGCAGCUCCCAGGCCAAGUUCAUGACACAAGAUGAGAUUAAUGAGUUUAAGGAAUGUUUUUCACUCUACGACCGCCAACACAGAGGCAAAAUAGAAGCUCAGGACUUGAUCACAGUCAUGCGCUGUCUGGGGUCGAGUCCCACACCCGCUGAGGUCCAGCGACACCUGCUAAACCACAACAUAGAUCAGGCUGGGGAGCUGAAUUUCUCCAGCUUCCUGAGCAUCAUGUACCGACAGUUCCAGCAGGAGGCGCCACAGAAGGAGGUCCUGGAAGCCUUGAGGAUGGCAGACAAGGAUCAGAAAGGCUUCAUCCUGGCCUCCGAGCUCCGGGCCAAACUGACGGGGCUGGGAGAGAAGCUGACGGACCGGGAAGUGGAUGAGCUGCUGAAGGAGGCGGGUGUUGGACCUGAUGGGCGGGUCCACUGUGAGCACUUUGCUAAAGCAGUGACUACUUCCUAUGCAAAGCGUUGAUGACACAGACACUGACUCCCCCUGUUGGUGGGUCACCGUACUGCUACAGGACAGUGGAUUUCUCUUUUUUUCCCCAAACACAACAAAUAUCAUUUCCUGUCAAUGUGGACUUAAUUUA